AUGGAUACGGGAGGUGGACUCUGGGCCUUCAGCAUCGGCGAAUUUUGGUACCGGCGCCCCUGGACCCACCAUCUACUCUCUGUGAAUGUGACUCUUCUAGGGAACCCCGCACUUGCAGAUGCACGCUCCCUCCCCAUUGCGUGUGCGUCUCUCGUUCUUAAGAGAAUUGAAGCUGAGUCUGGUUUCUGCCGUUGCCCCGAGGUUCUCUUCGCCGCCUGUGAGCUGGGAGCCUUUGACCUUCUGGCCGAGGUCCCGGAGGCCCUGGGCUCGGCUGCAGUGGCUGCACGUCUGGGCGUCAGCUCCCGGGGGACAGAGCUACUGCUGGAUGCCUGUGUGUCCCUGAAGCUGCUUCAAGUGGAAGUGAGGAGAGAAAAAGCUGUGUAUGAAAACACAGAGCUCGCCAGCACCUACCUGGCCAGAGCCAGCCCCAAGUCCCAGCAGGACAUGCUGCUGUACGCGGCCAGGACCACCUACCUGGGCUGGGGCCACCUGGCCGCGCGGCUGUCAGGUGGUUCCGGGCCUGUGGCCAAGGUGUGCAUGUCUCUGUACCCGGGGUCUCAGGUCACCGUGUUUGACAUCCCGGACGUGGUCCAGAUGGCAAAGAGGCACUUCUCAUUCCCGGAGGAUGAACGGAUCGGCCUCUGUGAAGCUUCCACGGGGGACGACGAUGUACGCUGAACUGAUGAACAUUUCCCAAAGAACGUGUUUGCCGCUGCCUGGGUCAUUGCAAUGCCUCCUGCAUCCUCCACGUGGGGCCCCAAGUCUGCACAAAGUGGAACCCCUUUAUGUGCAAGGGCCGAAUGCAUCCAGCCAUGUAAGUUAACGGCUCCUUACAGCAGAAACUAACACAGCAUUGUAAAGUAACCACACUCCAAUAAAAAGUCAUUUUAAAAAUUUAAAAAAGGGACUUCCCUGGCGGUCCAGCGGUUUAGACUCUGGGCUCCCAAUGCAGGGGGCUCGGGUUCGAUCUCUGGUCAGGGAACUGGAUCCCACACGCCGCAGUGACGAUCCCGCCUGCCGCAAGCUAAGACCCAGCGCGGCCACAUAAAUAAAUAUUUUUUUAAAAUUAAAACAAAAGUUUGCAUUUAUGGCUUUCAUCACUCCUGCAGAACGACCGUGUCUAUGGGAAGAGCAUCUAAGGGAAAUAUGGUAUUGAAGGGAGAUGGCAGUAAGCACACCCCAAACCCUCCUCUUUUACAGAGCUUUCACGCCUAGCAUCUCAUGGGACCCCUGGGGCUGAGUGUGCAAAAAUGGACUUGCCGGGCUUGUGCAAAUGCAGGGAGACGUUU